AUGACAGGGCGAAUUCCUGCAGAUCCAGCGGGUUUGUUUGAAAAAGGGGGUGGAGGGGUGGUGGGAGGGCGAGGGAAGUUUGUUAGCGUGCCACACAGUCAUUACUGUACGGAGAGGAAAGGAGCGGCGCUCCAGAGGCACGUGAGGUCGGCUCCUCUCGUUUCUGCAAACGGCAGAAAUGGACACACGCCGUCUCUGGACGGAGUCAGUUUUUCGGAGGGGGAACUCCUCCUGCAGGCUUUAAAUGGUUUUGUGUUGGUGGUGACGACUGAUGGAACCGUCUUUUACACGUCUCCGACCAUCCAGGACUUCCUGGGCUUCCAUCAGUCUGACGUGGUGCAGCAGAGCGUGCUCGAUCUCGUUCACAUGGACGACAGACAGAUGUUCAAAUGUCAGCUCCACUUCGCCCUCAACCCCGGCGACUCGCGCUCACACCUGAGAGCAGAAG